AUGUCCGCCUCGGUGGGGCCCCAGGGUGGCCCUCGCCCACCCACCGCGCCGCCAUCCAUGCCGGAUCUGCCGGACCUUAGCCAUCUCACCGAGGAGGAGAGGAAGAUCAUCAUGGCAGUGAUGGCUCGGCAAAAGGAGGAAGAGGAUAAAGAACAAGCCAUGCUAAAAACACUGCACCAGCAGUUUGAGAGCUACAAACAGGAGGUGCGUCGCAUCAGCGUGGAGACGCGGCGUCAGCAGACCCAGCUGAAGGACGACGCGCCCACCUGCGGCAUCUGCCGCAAGACCAAGUUCGCCGACGGCUGCGGCCACCUCUGCUCCUACUGCCAGACCAAAUUCUGCGCUCGCUGUGGAGGGCGGGUCUCUCUGCGCUCCAACAAUGAGGACAAAGUGGUAAUGUGGGUAUGCAACCUGUGCCGUAAACAGCAGGAGAUUCUUACCAAAUCAGGAGAAUGGUUUUCAGGGUCAGGGGCGCGACCUGGGAGCCUGGGCACCCCAGCCACUGGAGGUGAGGCCCAACGGGACAGGAAGCUGCUCCGCUCCAGGUCCCAAGCCCAGUCCUCCAGCACCAACGCCAACGCAGGGCCGCCUAACGGGACACAGCUUCCCGCCAGUGUCACUGCUGCCAAGGGGGCCGACGCCAUGCCUGGCUCCCGCUCCCAAAGUGAACCCCCUAGAGAAAAGAAAAGGCCAGUUUCCCUCCAUGAACAAAAUGGUAAGGGAGGCAUGGGCCGCGGUAGUGGCCGAAGAGCUGCUGGGAAGUUGCCUUCUCAGUCAUCCCUGGAUGAGCGAGUGGUUCCAGGGGAGAGAGGAGAGAGACGCUUAGGAGAUGGACGGAGGCUGGAGAAGAUCCAUUCUCAGGACUACGAGGACGGGGAGGGGAACUUGGGUCGUUCAGAAUCCCACCGGAGACGCCCAGAGGACGAGGAGCAGAGGGAGCGCCAGCGCCGUGAGGAGGAGUUCCAGAAUCGUUACCGUAGUGAUCCCAACCUGGCACGAUACCCGGUGAAACCGCAGAAGGAGGAGCAGGAGAUGCGCAUGCACGCCAGGGUGUCCAAGGUUCGCCAUGAACGACGACACAGCGAUCUGGCGAUCAACGAGGUGGGACUGGGGCCUGGCGACGGAGGAGGGGGUGGAGGAGGUGGGGAGGUACCUGAAAACCGUCUGGCCAGGAGGGGUGGAGGUGGAGGAGGGGCGGGAGACCGCAAGGCCCUUUUGGAGAACCACCAAGCCUACUCUGGGGAUAGGACCGUGGGGGUUGGAGGGGGCGCUCCACCUGCAGGAGGUGGAGUGAGAUCAGGAACCCAACCUGGGGUACCGGUGCCUCCGGAUUGGGGCCAGAACAAAGGCCGCCUGGAGCACGGUCCGGCACGGACACCAAGGGACAAGGGUGGGGACAACCUGCUGAGGAAGGACUCUCAGAGCUCGGACCAGUCGGAGUCCCUGCGGCCGCCCCCUCCACGGUCAUACAAGAGCAAGCGCGGAGUCAACAAGAGGCAGAUGUCCAUCAGCAGCUCAGAGGAGGAGGGCGGCUCCACGCCCGAGUACACCAGCUGUGAGGACGUGGACAUGGAAAGCGUCAGCGAGAAAGGUGACUGGGACUGCCAUUCUCUAGAUCCUACAGUGUGGCAUCAUCCAGUUACAUGGCAGCCGUCCAAAGAGGGCGACCACCUAAUCGGACGCAUCACGCUGAGCAAGAGGUCGGCAAUGCCCCGCGAGGCUGGCUCCCUCCUCGGCCUAAAAGUGGUAGGAGGGAAGAUGACAGAGAUGGGGAGACUCGGGGCCUUCAUCACCAAAGUCAAGAAAGGCAGCCUUGCAGAUGUUGUGGGACACCUACGAGCAGGUGACGAGGUGCUGCAAUGGAAUGGGAAGUCAUUGCCUGGGGCAACUAAGAAAGAAGUGUACAACAUUAUCCUUGAAUCCAAGGCUGAACCUCAAGUGGAAAUAGUUGUUUCAAGACCUAUAGGAGACAUCCCAAGAAUCCCAGAGUCAUCCCACCCUCCUCUAGAAUCUAGCUCCAGUUCCUUUGAGUCGCAAAAGAUGGACCGUCCCUCGAUAUCAGUGAUGUCCCCUACCAGCCCCGGGACCCUCCGAGACCUUCCUCUGGUACUGCCUGGACAGCUCUCUGUGAAGCUGUGGUACGACAAAGUGGGCCAUCAGUUGAUAGUCAACGUCCUUCAAGCCAUAGACCUGCCACCCCGACCAGACGGACGACCCCGGAACCCCUAUGUCAAGAUGUACUUCCUGCCUGAUAGGAGUGAUAAGAGUAAACGGCGGACUAAAACAGUGAAGAAGAGCGCUGAACCCAAGUGGAACCAGACCUUCCUAUAUUCCCAUGUUCACCGGAGGGACUUCAGAGAGCGCAUGCUAGAGAUCACAGUGUGGGACCAGCCUAGAGUCCAGGAGGAGGAGAGUGAAUUCCUGGGAGAGAUCCUGAUAGAGUUGGAGACGGCCCUGCUGGACGACAUUCCUCAUUGGUAUAAACUCCAAACACAUGACAUGUCCUCUAUACCUCUGCCCCAGCCUUCCCCGUACCUCCCGCGCAGACACGUCCAUGGAGACAGCCCCAGCAAGAAACUACAGAAUGCAGAGCGUAACUCCAGGGAGAGAGAGCGGGGCAGUACGUUGGCAGUGCCGGAGCAGCAGCGGCCCGUCCAGCACCGCUCCCGUUCAGUGUCUCCACACAGAGAGGACUCCUGCAGGGCUCGGUCGCGGCCCGCACACGUGCCCAUGCAAAGGAGCCUGGAUGAGAUCCACCAGAACCGCCACCACUCCCACUCCCCUUCCCGUUACCAAGACUCGCACUUAGAGCACCAACGCUCUGGGGACUCGGACUACGAGUACUCAGAGGACAGUGAGGUCCUGGAGAUGCACAGGUCUAUCCGGGGCGGGAGUGCCGAGUGCCUGCACACAAACAGCGACCUGCAGCCGUCGUUGGACAGAGCGAGGAGUGCCAGCACCACCUGUCUGAGACCAGACACCAACUUUCACUCCCCUGACAGAGACAGGUGCUCCAACUCUUUGCCCCGCAAGAUUCCCCCAAGCCCCAGGAUCUUAGUAGAACAUGUGGGCCCUGAGGAAGACAGGCAGUGUAGCAAUUCAUCAGGUCCAAACUGUCAAAGGGGCAGCAAAAAAAAAAGCCUGGAGGGGGACAGUCGUAUCCAGCCCACCUCUAUCCUGAGGGGCAGUAGGGGGAGAGGGGGCCCGUUGAGGCCCUUUGGCCAGACAGCCUUGGCCGGGUCGUGCCUAAACUCGCCACAGCUAGACAGAGCACACCCUCAUGGCAGCCCCUCCUCUCCAACGGGGACUCCCUCAUCAGGUCGCAGGGGCAGGCAGCUGCCUCAGCUCCCCGCAAAAAGCAGCAGUAUAGAACAAGCCCUCGCAGUAGAGGAGCGAGCCCGGCAGCUGCAGAUGAAAGUACAUUCCUACCGGCCUUCAGCCUCCCACGACCCAGAGACGGACCUCAAGACCAAACGGGAGAUGUACGCAGAACAGAGGCGAAGCAGCGACAACAUGUCGGCCAGAUCGUCCGACAGCGAUAUGAGCGACGUGUCGGCCCUCUCCCGUGCCAGCAGUGCCUCUCGCCUCAGUAGCACCAGCUACAUGUCCAUCCAAUCAGAACGCCCCGGAGGACGACUCAGAUCCAAGUCAUUAGAGGAGGAGAAAAAAGACAGGAGGAUCUCAUGGGGGGUGAAUGGAGAGGAGGAGAGGAGGAGGUCGACAGGAAAGAGACGUUUCUCUGCCGAGUUGAACCGCAGGAGACACACUGUAGCCGGAGACACCAGGGAGUCCAGAUCCCUGCGACCCCUCCUUGCAUGCAUCCUGUGUUGUGACUGCCGGGACCCCCUCCGUCCUGCAGACCCGGAUCCUCCCCUCCCAUCCCCUCCCUCUGCUGCACGCCCUUCCUUAACCCCCCUGCAGGGGGCGGUGGAAAGGCCUCAAACCAGCCUCCCCCUUCCCAGUCGCUCACUGGAUCCCCUGGGCCACAGGACUUUGGCUUUCAGGGGCCCACUGGGAGCGGGGGCUCUGGGUGAUAGGGGCAGCAUAGCUGGGCUCUCCUGCAGCACUUUGACCCCCUCUGAGGGGAUGGACAUGCGUCAGCUCCUCCGAACCCCUAGGAGUCGGCAGCUGCGAUCGGCGGGCCGCAGCAUGCUGAAGAGCUCCAGUGUGAGUGGCGAGAUCUACACCCAGGAGCGCACCGACGGCAGCCAAUCAGACACCGCUCUGGGCACGGUGGGUGGCGGCAGCAAGAAGAGACGCUCCAGCCUCAGUGCGCGGGUGGUGGCCAUUGUCGGCAACCGUCGCAGCCGCAGCACUUCACAGAUCAGUGGCCCUGAGGGGAAGAGUAAGAAGGAGAAGGGUGCACCUAUCCAAAGGAGCACAGAGACCGGCAUGGCAGUAGAGCUGACCAGGAACAUGAGCCGCCAGCCCAGCAAAGAGUCCAACAAUGGCAGCAUGAACAGCUGCAACUCUGAGGGGAAUUUGAUCUUCUCUGGAGUCAAUCUGGGUGCCAGCAGUCAGUUCAGUGACUUCCUGGACGGCCUGGGCCCAGCUCAGUUAGUGGGAAGGCAAACCCUGGCUACUCCUGCCAUAGGCGACAUCCAGAUCGGUAUGAUGGAGAAAAAGGGUCAGCUGGAGGUGGAAGUUAUCAGAGCUCGAGGACUGGUACAAAAGCCAGGAUCCAAAUCCCUCCCUGCUCCAUAUGUCAAGGUCUAUCUGCUGAAUAAUGGAGCGUACGUAGCCAAAAAGAAAACCAAGAUUGCACGGAAAACACUUGAUCCACUGUACCAGCAAGUACUGCUAUUUGAGGAAAGCCCACAGGGUAAAGUCUUACAGGUGAUUGUAUGGGGAGACUACGGCCGCAUGGACCAUAAAAGCUUCAUGGGAGUUGCACAAAUCCUAAUGGAGGAACUGGACUUAUCAAGCACAGUCAUUGGUUGGUACAAGUUGUUCCCACCAUCCUCCUUGGUGGAUCCGACACUUGCCUCCAUAACGCGGCGGGCUUCCCAGUCGUCACUCGACAGUUCCUCCGGGCCUCCUGGGGUCCGAUCCUAG